AUGGGUAUUGGCCAAUCAAAAACAAACAGAAAGGAUCAACCAAGCGUUAAUAUUCGACAAAAUAUAAAUAAUGAAAGUAAUAAACAGACUAACAUGAACGAAAGAUCAUAUAAAAUAAAUAUAUCUAACCCAUUUAACUCAAAUUAUAGACUAUUGUCAAAUAAAUUGGUAGCAAAAACGAACGGUACUAAAAACUCCCGUAAAGAAAGAUAUGAUCCUAAAAAGAGUGAAAAUAAAGAAAGUAAAAAUGAACCCACUAAAACGACGGCCAGCGAAGAUAGAAGAAACGAGUACAUCAGUAACUUCCGCUGGACGCUGUCCUCUGAAUUAGAUAAAGACCUGAUAUCUAGCUUUGAGAGGCUGGAGCCGCUGAAGAGCAUAAGCUACGAAGGCCUGGCAGCAAGCCACAGCUUCAGCUUCGAAAGGCUGAGUCCUCUGAAUAGACUGGGAUCUGACAUGGCCUCAUCGGUGAAGAAGACUUUUUCAGGAAUGGUGGCGGAAUGCCAAGGAGUGAAUGAAGGGACAACACAAGCGAGUCAGAUGCACGAGCACGUGACGGUGCCCCAAGCGAAAAAGAACGACGAAAUGAGUGUCGAUAUGGAUAGCGCUAGGACGACCAGCACAGUGGUGUCGGAAGGAAGCACGUCAAAGAGACAGAUAGUGCACAAGUACAAGGAGCAGAAGACGGAAACGUCACACGGAACAACAAACGCAUACAAUAACGAACAAGGAAGAAGUAACGUAAAUUUUGUGACUGAUAACCCAGCAGUGAAGAAGGCGAUGGGACAAAGACAGAAUUUAGUUGGAGCACCAGAUUUGACAGCGCAAAAGCCGACACAUGAGAGUGAAGGCGGAGCGAAGAGAGAAGUAAACGAUGUGGUAAUGCACGACCACAGAUCGACGUGUAUGCCGACGUGCUUCAGAGGUAACGGAAAGGAAAACGAGACCCAAGAAAAACCGUCGUACAACUCGCUGUGCACGAAGUGUAUGCACAAGGAAGACAAGAUCCCAAAGGGGUACAAGGGAAUGAUAAUAAGACUGCAGUCACACAGGUCGGAGAAGGAUAACGAUAAAUCGCCCUAUCUAGACAGGUCGAACCUGGUGGUACAGACAGCGUUGUUGAACGGAAAGAGAAUAGAGGACGUCUACGACCUGGCGGAAGAUAAGCUGGGCAAAGGAAGCUACGGGAACGUAAUCAAGGGAGUGCACAAGCAGUCAGGAGCGACGAGAGCAGUGAAGAUCAUAAGAAAGGCAAAAAUAGAGAACGCAAUGAGAAUGAAGCGAGAAAUACAAAUCAUGAAAAAGCUGGAUCACCCAAACAUAAUAAAGCUGUUUGAAGUGUACGAAGACGCGGAGUACCUGUAUCUGGUGAUGGAAAUGUGCAGCGGAGGAGAGCUGUUUGACAGAAUAGUUAGCAAGGGAAGCUUCUCGGAAAACUACGCAGCAUUCAUCAUGAGGCAGGUGUUCUCAGCAAUCGCCUACUGCCACAGCAAAAACGUGCUCCACAGAGACCUGAAGCCGGAAAACAUACUCUACUGCAACAACACGAGCUCGUCGACGAUUAAGAUCAUAGACUGGGGGUUCGCAACGAAGUGCUUCAAGACGCACAAGUUCACGAGUCUGGUAGGAACGCCGUACUACGUGGCGCCGGAGGUGCUGCUGGGAAACUACGACAAGGCCUGCGACAUCUGGAGCGCAGGAGUCAUCAUGUUCAUCCUGCUGGUGGGAUACCCGCCAUUCCACGGAAGCAACAACGCGGAGAUACUGAGGAACGUGAAGAGAGGCUCGAUCAAGUUCAUCCCGAAGCACUGGAGCCACGUCUCGAAGUCGGCGAUGGACCUGAUCACGAGGUGCCUGUCCUACGUCCCGAGCACGCGAAUAAGCGCAUGCGACGCGCUGAACCACGAGUGGAUCACCAAGUGCACGACGCUGCCGCCGACGGUCGCGCCGAACGUAUCUAAGAGCCUUGCGAGGAGGUUCAAGAACUUCCUGAAGUACAACAAGAUGAAGCAGAUGGCGCUGACGUGCAUAGCGUACCACCUCUCGGAGAGGGAGCUCGCGCCGCUGACCUCGGCCUUCGAGGCGCUGGACAGAGACGGCGACGGAAUGCUCUCGAUAUCGGAGGUGACCUCUGGCCUUCGCGAGUCCAGAGACACGGACGCGAACAUAGAGAAGAUGGCAAGAGCAUUGGACACAGAUCAGAGUGGAGCAAUAGAAUACACUGAGUUCAUUGCAGCGUCAAUUGACAGUAGACUGUACGACCAGAAUGAGUUCUGCUCAAGAGCGUUCCACAUAUUUGACUCGGACGGGGACGGUAAAAUAACAAGAGAGGACAUGCUCAGAGUAUUUACAGCAGAAUCGACCUCAGUGACCCUCACACACGAUAUGGUGGAUGAAAUACUAAACGAGGUGGACUUGGAUAGAGAUGGAACCAUAAGCUACCAGGAGUUCUACUCGAUGCUAUACGGGUGGCCCGAAUCAUCUAAGAUUAAAUAA